GUAAACCUAAGAAGGAGGAUCAUAACAGCUACCCGAAGAAGAAGCUCAUGUGUGCAAAACCCACUAAAUUUGAUAUUCAUCAAGGAGCCUACACGUUAGAACACUCUUGGGCCAGAUUGGCAAAUCACGGGGGUAAUCUGCAUCAAUGUUCAUCAAACCGUUACCCUAAGAAUGACAACAAAGAUGCCACAUGA